UGUCGAGUUGUUGUCAUGUUGUUGUUGUCAUGUUGUUGUUGUCAUGUUGUUGUCGUGUUGUUGUCACGUCAUUGUUGUGUUGUUGUCACAUUGGUGUUGUCUUGUCAUUGUUGUGUUGUUGUCAUGUUGUCGUGUUUUUGCCACGUUGUUGUCGUGUUGUUGUCAUGUUGUUGUUGUUGCGUUGUUGUCAUAAUAUUGUCGUCGUGUUGUCACGUUGUUGUUGUCACGUUGUCAUGUUCUCGUCACGUGUUGUCAUGUUGUCGUGUUACGUUGUUGUUGUCAUAUUGUUGUCACGUUGUUGUCGAGUUGUUGUCAUGUUGUUGUUGUCAUAUUGUUGUCAUAUUGUUGUUGUCGCGUCAUUGUUGUGUUGUUGUCAUGUCAUGACAUAUAUAGGGGCGGCAUGGCGUAGUGGGUAGAGCGACCGUGCCAGAAACCUGAGGGUUGCAGGUUCGCUCCCCGCCGCUUACCAUCCAAAUAUCGCUGCCGUUGUGUCCUUGGGCAGGACACUUCACCCUUGCCCCCGGUGCCACUCACACCGGUGAAUUGAAUGAUGAAUGAUAGGUGAAGGUCGGAGGGGCCGUUGGCGCAAAUUGCAGCCACGCUUCUGUCAGUCUACCCCAGGGCAGCUGUGGCUAUGAAAGUAGCUUACCACCACCAGGUGUGAAUGAAUGAUGGCUUCUACAUGUAAAGCGACUUUGGGUACUUAGAAAAGCGCUAUAUAAAUCCCAGGAGGCGAUGCGUGGGUGGUGGCGGCGGCGUGGAGGAGGUGUGCGAUGGCACCAUACGGCAACACAGGCGCUGCUGCUGUUCCUGCUGACGUUCUGCGUGCUGCUUCCUCUGUGCUGCCAUCGCCUGCUCUACUCCUACUACUUCCUUAGCUCCGCCUACUUGGACGCCAUGAGCGAGGACGCCCUGCAGGAGAGCUUGCGGCGAGGUCAGGAGGCGCUGAGCUUCUGGCAGAGCUCCCCUCCCGCCUUCACCGACGUGGCCCCCGAGCCCCAACUGCUGGUUACCGUGGUGACGGCGCCACGCGGCGAGGGGCGGGACUUCCACUACCUGCUGCAGGUGAUGCGUCGGCUGAGCGAGCUGCUGGGCGGCUGCGGGGAGCGGCGCUGCGCGGAGGUGGUGCUGUGCGACGUGGACGGCGGCGAGGGAAACGAGGACGCCAAACUCCUGCGGGGGAAGUUCCACGUGAUCGGCGGGCGAGAGCGGCGGCGGGAAGACGUGAACAGAUUUGAGCGGGAAAAGAAGGACUACGCCUUCUGUCUGCGCCAGGCCUUCCUCUCGCUGCGGCCCAGGAACAUGGUGGUCCUGGAGGACGACGCCGUGCCCCGCCACGACUUCUUCGGCGUGCUGGCAGACUUGCUGAGUCGGCGCUUCGCCGCACACACGCUGUACGUGAAGCUGUACCACCCUGAGAGGCUGCAGCGCUACUGGAACCCUGAGCCAUACCGCAUCCUGGAGUGGUGUGGCCUGGGUCUGCUGGGUGCCAGCCUCAUGCUCCUCACCCUGCCCUCCUGGACCUUCUGCUUGUCACACCUGCUGCUGCUCACCAUCUACGUCAUGGCCGCCGUGGAGCUGCUGGGCCGCCAUUACCUGCUGGAGGUGCGCCGCCUCUCUCCUCAGCUCUACGCCGUCUCCCCCGCCACCGAGUGCUGCACGCCCGCCAUCCUCUACCCCGGCGACGCCUCCCUGAGGGCGGCCCGCUACCUGGACGCCGCCUUCUGCAGCCCGGGCAACGCCAAGGACACGCUGCUGUACCACCUGGCCCGCAGUGUGGCGGGGGAGCGCGCUCACAGCGUAGAACCCAACCUGGUCAGCCAUAUUGGAGCUUUCUCCUCCAUCAGGCUCAACCCUGCCAGACCCAAACUGCUGUGACCUGACACAUACUGGUUUCCAUGGCAACCUGACCAUCACACUCUGACCAGUGAAGUGUGUGUGUGUGUGUGUUUGUGUGUGCGUGCGUGUGUGUUAAUAAAAUCAAAUGUAAAGCACAAGGUGAACCAAGGUGAGCCGUAAGUAGUUUAUAAAAUGUUCAUUUAUUUAUAUGUAUGUAUAUAUACAUUUCAUAUAAAUAUAUAUUCAUAUUAUAUAUAAUACAUAUAUACUUAUAUAUGAGUGAAAAAUGUAAAGGGGAUCUUCUGUGUGUGUGUGUGUGUAUAUAUAUAUAUACAUAUAUAUAUAUAUAAUGUGUAUAUAUAUGUGUAUGUAUAUAUAUAUGUAUGUAUGUGUGUGUAUAU